GGCUUGUAAAUACCAAGUUGACUCCCCCCCCCGCCACCUCCCCACCUUCUCCCAAAAAAAAUAAAAAAAAUUGACGACAACAGACUCUUUAUCUUCGUCUUCGACGUCGGCCGGAUGUCAUUUGAAAAUGAGAAUGCAAUUCCGCAGCCAGGGAUCGUGGGGGGGGACGGCGGUGCGCAUGCAAAACGAAGCCGCCAUCGCCACACCGUGGGGCGGCAGCGGCGGACUCAGCAAUAGUUGUGCUACAUGUGGAACGGCUAAUUAUAGAAUAGCAUCAAGAACAACAACAACAACAACAACAAGCAGCAGUUUUUUGAAAUCCACCGGAAGGACAACGACAAGAAGAAGCGAAAGCAAGACGUCCUCCGUUCCGUUUGCCGUCGCCGGAUUCCGUUCCGUCUGCUGUCGCCCGAUCUCGUUCUGCUGCUGCGGGGAUCUCAGACAUGGGUCGGCGGGGAACGAGCGGCGGCGUCGGGAUCGGGAUGAUGGUGUUUUGCUGCUGAAGGGGCUGGGGGGGAGGGGGGGGGGCGGGGGAGAGAGGAAUACUACUGCCGGUAGUAGUACGAGUAGUUGCGCAUGCGCGCUGCGCGCCGUGAUCAUUCAUCAUCGUCGUCAUCAUGCUCCUGACGACGAUGGGAGUCGGAGCGUCGGAUGGAUGGCCCGCGGGGGGGGGGGUGUUGGGAAUGCCACGUCGGGAUCUGGAGCACGUGUCAGCGGGCCACGUCGCGGGCAACGGAUGAAAAGAGGCCGGAGCAAUGUGGAGCGGCAGGCUAACGGUGUCACAGUGGUGGUCCCCACAGCGUCUUCUGCCGUAAAGACGACCGUUACGAGCGAUUCUUCAAAGAAUGAAUGUGGACCGGAUUCUGUGAUCGACGACGGCUCGAAUCCUGAUGAGAGCAAGGAAUCUGCAGCACCCGUCGAGCUUGGAAGCGCUGGCGUAAUUGCUUUACAAACCGAAAAGGGAGAAGAAGAAGACGGUGAUGGCGAUGGAAGGUCUUCGUCUUCGUCUUCGACGUUGACGUCGAAGAAUGUCGGACUGCAUGGGGAUCACAAGCUAGCUAGCAAAGUAGCUAUGGCUCACGGAGGGGACAUCGUGACUCUGCUGUCGGGCAUUGAUUGCGUGGGGCAAUCAGCUGUGAUCGAGAGAGAGGUUGGGAUGAAGAUAAAGGGAGAGGAAGAAGGCGACGUGCUCGGAGAUGAGACUCCUACCGGUCGUAGGAAGAGGUCGGGGGUUCGAGCCCCGUCAUCUCCAGAAAACGUAGUGCAGGUUCCCUCUCCAGCAUUGUGUUUAGCUGACAUAGCUGACACGUGUCGCUCCCUCAUUGCAGCAGACAGGCUAGAAGACUGCCUACUUCUACUCUCUUCUUCUGCUUCUCCUUCUUCUCCUUCUUCUCCUUCUUCUUCGUCUUCUUCGUCUUUUUUUUUUUGCCGUCAAGGGGUCGAUGGCGAUGGGGAGCUGAUUGUGUGCGCGGAGGCGUUGUCGGCGUCACUUGCCGAUGGUUGUGCACGUAUGGCCAGAAGAGGAGAGGGCAUGAGGUGUGUGGCUGUUCUGUCAUCGAUGCAACGACUCGGAGUGAAGAUAGAGGCAGAAUCUGCUCGAUGCGUGGUGGAUUCCAUGAAGGUCCAAUUGGCCAACCUUAUCCGAAAGCGGAAGUUGAAUGAUUGCCUCCAUUUGCUUCAGGAGUUGCGCAAAAUCGACGUCUGGGAAAACCGGGUAGGAAAAGAAGGAAGAGAAGAGUGGGUGAAAGCAUUUGGAGCUGCAUGCAUGAGCAUGCUGCGAACGGACACAAAAAAUAUCCACGAGGCCGUUGAUUUCCUCUGCAGACUUUAUGGUAUAAUGACCGGGCGUUCUAUUCGGGUGAAGACGGUAGGAGGAGCAGGUGGAGCUGGAGGGAGAAGGUACAUUGCCAUUCUUCCUGGGAGGCUUUAUUGGUACAACCAGGUCUUGAAACAGUGCCGACGUGAGGGAAACUUGGCCCGAGGGCGCUUAGUGGUGCAGGCAAUCCACAGUCAGAAUCUGAAACCGAAAGUGUACAUGUACCGGAGCUUGCUCGACAUAUGUGCGGCGACUCACCUGACCGAAGAGGCGAUGGUUAUUUUUGAGGAAAUGAAACAGCAUGGGGUCAAACCAAAUGUGUACAUCUACAACAGUCUUAUGAAUGUAUUUUCAGGAGACAUGGAGCGAGUGUGGGAGAUACACGAGUGGAUGCAGGAUGAUGGGAUUGAAGGGGAUUCUAUUACAUACAACACGCUUCUGAAGUCAUGCGCGAAAGCCGGCAGAGGAGAUGUAGCGCUCCUUCUUUACAAAGACACGACUUCCUGGGCUGACGGCAAACUACAGAGAGAUGUGUUCAGUUAUACCACAGUCAUUCAGGCAUGUGCUAAGGCCAAGAUGUGGGAGCAGGCGUUUGAAGUGAAAGCGGAUAUGGAUGCAUCUGGCGUGGUUCCUAAUGUAUACACUUGGACAGCCCUGAUAGGUGCAUGCACCAAAUGCGGGCUCGUAGAGAGAGGUCUAAGCCUUCUGGAAGAGAUGACAGAGGCAGGUUGUGCUCCGAACGUUAAAACGUAUAACAUCUUGAUCGAUGCCUGUGCAGACGCAGGGCAGGAGCAGAGAGCAUUUGGAUUGCUGGAGGAAAUGAAGAGAGGAGGUCGCAAGCCACGCCUCUUUCGACAUGAGAAUGCGGACUACCAACCUGCCAACCGCUCGGAAACGAGGGACGCCCACGCUGAAAAGGAGGAGGGAGAGCGGACGCGGGGUAUCACCGCUCUCAAGGAAAAAGCCGGGGGUAUGGACGGGUGUGAUCUUUCUCCGGCUCCUGUACAAGAGCCUCUGGUGUUUGUUACCACAAGUGAUGGCGGUCGGGAUGACGAUAACGAUGAUAAUGACGGUAGUGCAACCAUUUCUGCUGCAUCACACAGUCGGUAUGAAGAAGCCCGUCAAGGAACCAAUCAAGGAGCUCACCGACAAACCCAUCGAGGUUCGAACCCAUCAACUACGUUCAGAUCAGCAGCAAAGGAUGGGAUGAUCGAUGGGCCAACUGAUUCUGAGGCUUAUCCCGAUCUGGUCGAUGAAGGGUUGUCUCAUUUGGAGGGGCAACAACAACUACUGCCGCUUUCUGCGACGAUGGGACAAGCGCAGAGUGACCUGACAUCAGGUCUCGGACCCGCUGGAAAACCUGUCAGAGAGAAUGGAAAGCGUAAACAACUAAACAGAGAUGCUGCUAAUGCAGCAGGUGGAGGUUCACACCGCGGUUGGAAGCCGACAAACCCUUGCCAACCAAACAGUGUGACUUACAACACCAUGAUGAAGGUGUGCACAGGAUCUCCCGAGAAGAUUCGACAGCUGAUGGAAGAAAUGAAGGCCCUUGGAUUGCGGCCAAAUGCUACGAGCUGGGCGACAUUGAUUGAUGCUUACGGAAGUGGUGGGGAGUUGCAGAAGGCGGAACAGGCUCUUGAGGAGAUGAAGAUGAACGGUUGUGAUGAAGAUGUCGUCACCUUUACUUCUCUAAUAAAGGCAUGCUUGCGUGCUACAAAUGUAGAUAAGGCGUUCUGGUACUAUGAAAAGAUGAAGAAAGCAGGCAUCAAACCAAAUAUUGUAACAUUCAACACGAUUUUGCGGACACAACAUACAUGCAGAGAGCCUCACGAGGUUCAGCGAGCUCUCGCUCUCUACGAGGAGAUGCGGGAUUAUGGGUAUGCCGCGAACGAUGCUGUUCUGCAAAGCCUCAUGACUGAGUGGGCAGAGAAAGCAAUAGAAGGGGUCGACAACACUGCGCACGUCGCUCGCGACGCCAUUGCGCUCCAGCCACCCAAGGAUCCCCGGAGGGAGGCGUCUCCUCCAUUUUCAAAGCUGCUGAAGUUUGAAGGGUUUGCAGAGCUGCUUGCGCGCAAAGGGAGAAAGCUCAGAAAGCACGGCGGGCAGAGGCCGCGUGUCAAAAAGAAUAGCCUCACAGUUGAUCUGCAUGGGCUCUCAAAGGUUUGUUACAAACCAUUCCCCACCCUCUUGGAUAAAUGGUUUCACAUCCUUUAAUAAAACUUCUUCCCUAGAAAUUCAACAGUACUGAAAUCAAAUAACAAUUUAACU